AUGACAGACGCCCUCGACGCAGAGACACCUCUGAACCCUUCAGAGCUCAGCGUCCUGCGCGCCCAGUUCGAGAAGGAAGGCGAAAUGGUCGGCGUCCAGACCAAAUUCAACUACGCCUGGGGCCUCGUCAAGUCAAACAACCGCAACGACCAGCAACUCGGCGUCCGCCUCCUCUCCGACAUCUUCCGCGUCUCCCCCGAGCGCCGCCGCGAAUGCCUCUACUACCUCGCCCUCGGCAACUACAAGCUCGGCAACUACGGCGAGGCCCGCCGCUACAACGACCUCCUCCUCGAGAAGGAGCCCGCCAACCUCCAGGCCACCGACCUGCGCCAGCUCAUCGACGACAAGGUCGCCAAGGAGGGCCUCUUGGGCGUCGCCAUUGUUAGCGGCAUCGGCAUCGCCGCCGGUGUCGUCGGCGCCUUUUUGCUACGGAAUGCGAAACGGAGGUGA